AUGGAUCCAAAAAUCGGCCGGUACUUUUUAUGGCUAAUUAUAGGCCUGGCCUGUACGACGUCUAGCGGAAAUGCAUAUCCGGCACCCGAUAAGGCUUAUCAGCAGUUACUGAGAGUCCCCGCAUCAACACCAUCAAAGUAUUUUUCUGAGAACAAGCCAUUCACGCCAGGUCACCAUGAUCCUUACGAUCACAAAGUUGACUCUGUUGGCCAAGGUCUACAGCCUCUUCCCUUCCGCAAUGGCGAUGGUACUACUGUAAUGGGUCCGAGAAAUAAGGACAGGGAAAGGCAAAAUCCCGAUCUUGUACGACCACCCAGCACUGACCAUGGUUCGCUGCCAAACAUGCGGUGGAGUUUUGCCGAUUCGCAUAUUAGAAUUGAGGAAGGUGGAUGGACACGACAAACCACUAUUCGCGAACUACCCACCAGCAAGGAACUAGCCGGUGUCAACAUGCGUCUCGACGAAGGCGUUAUCCGGGAACUGCACUGGCAUACCGAAGCCGAAUGGGCUUAUAUGCUUGCUGGAAAAGCGCGUGUGACUGGACUUGAUACCGAGGGCGGCAGUUUUAUGGAAGAUGUUGAAGAGGGUGAUUUGUGGUAUUUCCCUGCUGGCCAUCCUCAUUCUAUCCAAGGGUUGAGUCCAAAUGGCACGGAGUUUUUACUUAUCUUUGACGAUGGGAAUUUCUCGGAAGAGUCCACGUUUCUAUUGACGGACUGGCUUGCACAUACCCCCAAGUCAGUUCUUGGAGAAAACUUUCGAAUACCACCAGAGUUAUUCAAGUCUAUUCCAGACUCUGAGAAAUACAUCUUUCAAGGGUCAUUGCCUAAUUCAAUCGAAGGCGAGAAACCCCGAGGCUUCAAAAAGUCGAAACAUCGAUUCACGCACAAGAUGUUAGCUCAAGAUCCAGUGGUAACUUCUGGUGGUGAAGUUCGCAUUACCGACUCGACGAUAUUCCCCAUCUCCAAGACUAUUGCAGCUGCGCAUGUCAAAAUCCAACCCGGAGCAAUGCGUGAAAUGCACUGGCAUCCGAACGCGGACGAAUGGUCAUACUUCAAAAAGGGUCGUGCAAGAGUAACGAUAUUCGCAGCUGAAGGAAAUGCGCGAACAUUUGAUUAUGUUGCUGGAGACGUGGGCAUUGUACCGAAGAAUAUGGGUCAUUUUGUCGAGAACCUCAGCGACGAUGAACCCAUCGAGAUGCUUGAGAUUUUCAGAGCAGAGAAGUUUCAGGACUUCUCACUGUUUCAGUGGCUUGGCGAAACGCCGAGGCGUAUGGUAGCAGAGCAUAUUUUCGCAGAAGAUGAGAAGGCUGCUAAGAAGUUCCUGAAACAGAUUGGGGACGCGGAAAAAGACCCAGUUAGGUCAAAAAACUAUGAUUAG